AUGUCGACUACAGCAACCUCUCUUGUGCCUUUGUCGGUGAAGUCGACCGCCGAGACAGCUCUCCAGGGCUCUCAAAGUGUUGCGUCGGCUCUGCGGACGACCCAGAACAUCGUCAGCAGUGAGGUUGCCAGCGGGACAAACUAUCUCAAGAGAAGGGUGCAGGAGGCAGGGAAGACACCCGCAAAGUCACCGCUCAACUCGACGAAUUUCUCGACACCUCCCCCCUCGCCAGGAAAUUUCCGACACCCGCGGAUUACAGAGAUCCUUGCUCGAGAAUCAGCGACGUCCAUAUCAGAGAGGAGGGUCAAAGGUGCUGCCGUCAACGCAGCCGUUUUGCUCUUCACGUUCAUCUUCCACGACGCCUUCUGCUCCGUUGUGACCUGGCUAUUGUCAUGGAGCGGGUUUGAUGCCUCCCAGGCCCUUUCCACGACGAUCGUCAUCGCUCGACUGGUCAGCUGCGCCAACAUCGUCCUUUGUCUGCAGCCAGUCAUACCGUACAUCUCCAAGAAGGACCAAAUCACGGACAUCCCCUUGACGCCAUCCCAGCGCUCCUUGCUGGGCCUCGACCCGUCCGUGCAGCCUACCCCCAGCCCGGCAGGUUCGAGCCUGAGCUACAUCACCCCUCCGCGAUAUCGACGAUCGUCUGGUUCCUUCUCCGGCAGUUCCCAGAGCGCCAACGGCGGCGGCCUGUCCUCCACAGGCCGUCGAAGUAUCUCUGCAAACUACGCUUCCUCGCCUCUCUCGACCUCCAGGAACGCAAUUGGCUUCUCUUCUGGGACCCCGAUCCGCCGCACCGCCGAAACGGGCUCGGGCUUCUCUCCCUCUCCAGCCGCGAGCCCGCUAUUCCACAAAUCACUCAACAACCAGUCCUCGCAAAUCCCCGACAUCGACUUCGGCGGCAUCACGGGGAGAUCUUCGUUCGGCGCGAGCACGGGUUCAGGGCUAGCUCGCUCCCAGAGCCUGCGCGAACGACCCAGGAGAGAGAGCCUUGAGCCCGCAUCUCCCGCAUCUCGGACUAAGAGCCCGCAGAUCGUGCCGGGGGUGAACUACAAGUGGCUCUACGACAAGGGCAGAGCUCUACCGAAAAGCGAGUCUUACGGAUUUUGA